GUUGUCAAAUACCAGGAAGUUAUAAACAACAAAGCUGUCAGCUAACCAUAUAGCUGCGAGGAACAUUCUGUCUUGAUGAAAACCAACAAUGCCAAACAAGGAUUGCUAUACGCUAAUUUAUAUGCGUUUUUGCUGAAUUAUUUAUAGACAUUUUAUUAACGCGCGUCCCACCGUUUAUGCAACACUAACGCUCCGUGUCUUCGCAAACAAAGUGAUAAGACAAGGACGCAGACCUCGACGGCUUGUAGGUAAAUGCUGAACAGAUUAAUAUUCUAAACCUGAAGAAGCGAAGGGAAACGCUCGACGUUCUUCUUCAUGAGUGAAGACAUUUUGUACAUUCACUGCCUGGUUAGUGAUCGAGAGCAGAACACAUUUCGCCUUUGAAAGGUUGUGAGGCACAGGUUGGCUAGGUCGCAACAGCCAUGUCCACAUCUAACGCUAAUUUCAAAAACAAAUGUGUCACUCAAGUCAACUGCGUGUUCUGUGGAAGUCUCCUCUGCACCAGAGGUAUGAAAGCAGUGCUUCUCGCAGAUGCAGAGAUCGAGCUGUUCUCCACCGAUAUACCACCUAAUAGGACUGUUGACUUUGUGGCCAGCUGCUAUUCCACCGAAAGCUGCAAGUGCAAACUGAGAGACAUCGCCUGUCUUAAGUGCGGCAAUGUUGUCGGCUAUCAUGUCGUGGCCCCCUGUAAACCAUGCCUCCUGUCCUGUAACAAUGGGCACUUCUGGAUGUUCAAUAGCGAUGCUGUGUCCACCCUCAACAGACUGGAUGCUACAGGCCUAAAUCUGCUGCUGUGGGGAGACCUACCUGAGCUUGAGGAUAGUGACGAUGAAGACUCGGAGAGCCCCUCCGAGGAAGAAUGUAUCAGGUAAGUUGGAAGAUGGAGAACCAGAAGGCGCCUGUUGGGGGGCGUCUUAAGGGUUGGGCGUGUUGAUCUGGACCCUUUGCUUGCAAGGACAGUAAGAAGAGAGGCCUUAACUUGUGACCAUGCCUUCCCCCCCCCCCCCCUCCAUCUUAUAAAACAGUCACAAAGUCACAAACACCCACACACACUGAUUCCUAUUCUUAUUUUGGUCUUGCUGUGGGCUAUCAUAAGACAUGCUGAAGAAUGCCAACAUGGUAAACAAACUGACUUGAUGCAUAUUUGCUUUAGUGUUUUGAUCCAGUCAAUACACUCACAAUUCAUUUGAUAACACUGAGCUGACUUGGGUUUGAGACGACAAACAAGCAUUAUAGGUUUGGGUUGACAGUGAAUGCUGUUUUUAUUUUUGACCCUGUUUACAAUUAGUAUGAUUGUUUAUUUCCUGACAUGAUUGCAACUGGUAUUUUUCUUCCAUUAUGUUAAAAGAAAAAAAUAGAAAUGUACUUUAAUUCUGCUGCAAACUGCAUACUCCUGUUGACAGGUAUGUUUUUAAGUCUUAUAUUCCCCAUGUGUCCUUUCUUAUAAGUACAUUUGCUAUUUAAAUUUCAUGUACUUGGGGCAAUGGCACAAAUUAGUUAAUUUACCACUUGCUUUUUCCCCAGCAUAUUUAACACAAUACUUCGCUGGCUGAGGUUCCAUCAACUAUGCAUUCUCAUCCGCAAAAUAAGUGUCAGUUACAAUAUGUGUUGGCCACCUUGAUAAAUGACAGGGGGAGUUUUUGAUAAAAGAUAUUAACAUAUUUGUUUGUGGUAUGCGUGCACUGGCUCUGUCAAGUCCGUCAUUUCCCCGGUCAGUAAUCUCUAGAAUUUUCCAGCUUUACAGUUUACGAGUACAGCAGAGCUAGAAUAAAAAAUAAAUAAUAAUAAUUGCUGCAGUGCAACAUUGAUAAAUGGCAAAAAAAAAAGCGUUUCCGCGACAGGUCAGAACAUUUCUAACAGUUUGACUGUAGCACCGAAGGACUAAAUCAGCACUUCAAUGAAGCACAUCCAAGUUGUUGUGACACUGUGUCAUCUUUGUCUUAGUAGUCCCGUCUAUUUCUAAAGUGUUUUUUCUAAAUCAACUGUGUACCACGCCUGCAGACUGAGUUCAAAUACAAUCAGCGUCGACCUCCCCUUUGUAUCCAAUUUACUUUACCGGAGGUACCGGAGGUAGUUACUGGGGAUAAGGGCAGCAUCCAGUAUUGGAUAGGGGUUUGACAACCCUCCACCUGCAGGGAAGAACGUUAAACGACGCCGAAAAGACACAAUGUUAAUCCCUAUUUAUAUGGCAUGGAUCGUCUGCAUUUAUUUUUUUAUUUUUUGGGGCUCCUGUCAAUAACAUUCAUGCCAACUUCAAUGGCAAAGACUCUCUAGAAUCACGUAUCUAUAUUGAAGCACUGGGCGACCUAUGAUUCAACUUGUGUCAUAGCUGUCAUCCCUGCAGAGAUGGCCCUGAGGGAUGGAAAGGACUCUUGAAACUCCCAUCACAUUUCCACUUAUGGUCAUCCUUUUAUCUUGAACUCAUCUUUGUAGUUGUAAAAUGUAAUAAACCGAUAUUAAUAUAUAUAUAUAAAUAUAUUUAAUGUAGGAAGUACAUCAAAUGGGUAUUUGUAAAACCCACAAACCAAAUAUCUCUAACCACUGCAAUCUUUGGUCCCUAUUUUUUUUAAUUUUUUUUUUUAAUUCAUUGAUUUGUAUUGUGCUACAGUACUUAUAUUUCUAUGCUCAUUCAAUUAUUAAUUUGUGAACUUGUGCUUUGUUUGUUGGAGAUAGUGUGUGUACAGGUUUACCUCACAAUGGUAUCACUCUUAAGCUUCUGCUGGCUAGCACAAUAGUUGAAAGAUAAUCAAAAAUAAUAUAUAAAAGGUUGUUUCCAACCAUACGAUUAACUUGCCCUGCUGAAAAAUGUUAUAUUUUGGAAUUGCACUGAAACUGCAUUAGUAGUUUGAAAAAGUUUUUUUAUGCUUGUCCAAUUAAUAAACUUUUUUUUCCUGAACACCUUGAUACUGUUAACUAAACCAGAUGUUGCUAAAUUAUUGUUCCAAACAGAUUAACAAUGAUAUUUAAAGAUAGAGCUAUAGGAGAUAGUUGUGUGUAUGGAUGUCAAUAUAUAUAUGGUUAUCAAUUGGAUUCUCCCACCACGUUUUGCCAUUAUAUUCCAUGAUAGCAUCAAUCUAUAAGAUUGAUAUCUGAGAGAUUGAUGGUUUGAUUGAUUAAAUAUAUUUUACAUUUGCAACUGGGUCUUCAUCAACACUUUAUAAAUUAUUGAUUUUCAAAUUACAACAAAUAUAACAUUAUUUCUGUGUUGUGCACACGCAUAUCUGUGAAUAAGGCAUUUGGACAGAGAGAUCCUUUUAGAGAACAUCCUCAUAGAGCCUCUGUUUUGCUCUAGUCAUGUUGUGGUCAAAUUUCUAUGUCUUCAUGAUAGGUCCUUAAAUGCCUCAUUCACUUAAGUGGUAAAGAUUUUGCUUCAGUAAAAAAUAUUGUCAUGUGGGGUUACAUGCAGACACAUGCUUCCCCACAAUCUGUUUGCUUGGAAAGGAAUUCAUGAUUUAGGAGAACCUAAGCUCUUGGCAAUGGUAAGUCUAUAGUAGUACCCUUUGUUGUAUCAAGGAGAGGAAACAGCCCUCCAUUAACAAUCACCAAUAUUCCAAUUAAGUGACCCCAGACAUUCAUCUUCCAAAAUCAACCUUUAUACCGGGAUCGCCUGCUGAGAACAUCUACUCUACUCGUGUGUACUGUUUUAAGAGACCCAGGGACUUAAGUUAGGGAGGAAAUUACACAGACCGGUCUAUGGUGGGAUAAUCCGGCAGGUGUGCGGUGUGUGUUCACAGCCUGGUGAAUGGCCAGGUGUGUAUUGAACCCAGCAGCUCUGUGAGCAGGUGCCUUGCUUAAGUAUUGUGUGUCCACAGCUAGCUGACAGAAGAAUGGCACACAGGUUGUAUUUGCUGUAUGUUUAAUGACCAUGUUCAUUCAGUGGGUUCCCUUAAGGGUAAGUUGUCCAUUACAAUGCAAUUAUAUCUUCUUUUUAAAUUAAUAGUUAUAUGUGGUAUUUAAUGAGCUCAGAUCGGUGUGUCAUUGUUUUAUUAUCUCUUGUUGUGAGGCCUUUUAUAGGUGUACAGAUCAAGGUUUAGAACUACAUCAUCAAAAUACGACACUAAUAAAGCUAUCUUACUGUCCUUAAUGAUAAUGAGCAUUUAGACAAUAAUUGUCAAAUAAUAGGAAGACAAUUUAUUUUAUUUUUGGUAAAAUGCAUAUUUACUAAAUUGUCGUCUUUCAUACUCGUUUUUGGUUGUUAUUAUUUCCAAACCGAUUCUGUAGCUCCCUCUGCUGGAUAAUAUUUGUACUCACAACAGCAUGAAAUCGUAAAAACUGAAGAGUAGGCCGACGAGCGAUCCACUGCGUUCUCUAUUGUAAUGAAAUAAUGGUAGGCCUAUACAUUACAACUUAUACUGUGAGAAUAAUGAUAAAGUUAUGGAAACAUAGAUACUCUGAAUGAUUGUCACCGUCAUUGUUCACCCAUCUGAUAAUUCUCCAAAAGACAACAGAAAUAAACAUGUAUGAUUGUCA